CUCUCUUACUCCUGCUUCCUUUUAUCCUGCUGUCACUGCCAUGGCGUGGAUCUCUCUCUUUGUUCCUGCUGUCUUUCUCUUGCCUUUUAUCAGAGGCGAUUUGGUAACGUCUUUGGGCGACACUGUAAAGCUGUCAUCGCAGCUUCUCUGUGAGGAGGGAACCGCGCAGCUGAUCAGGAGGCUGAGCGAUGACUCCCCGGUUCGGAUGGCCGACUCGGCUAACGGAGAACUGCAGCCGGCGGAAGAAUACAGUUCGCGGCUCAGCAUCUCCUCAUCGGGUAUUUUGCUGAAGAAUGCCAACUACAACGACAACGGACAUUAUGAAUUCAUGUGCGGAGACAAUAUAGAGCGCACCAUCAAGCUGAAGGUUGUUUUUAUAUCCAGCAUUUCAGCGUCUGAAGGUGAAACAACAAAACUUUCCUGCUUCUCCUUAACUCUGGGUGAACAACUGAAGUUUGUUCAGUGGGAAUCUAACGGGCAGCUCGUGAUUAGAGUGGGUCGCUCCGGUAUCGUCGAAUAUGGAGAAAGAUUCAGAGGCCGUGCGUCUUUGCCACCUGACUGGGAGUCAGCGGGGAAUGUGUCGCUGAUCCUGAAGGGGGUCCAGCUGGAGGAUGGAGGGGACUAUUACUGCUAUGUCCAGAAAGACUCUAAAGAGGAAGGAGACCCUGCUGGAUGGAGACUGACGGUCCAACAGGAGCGAUCGAGCAUUAAAACCUCCACCACUCAGUCUCAACACACCCAAAGCCCCUCUGUGCAUAAGGAACCUUCUUGUAUUGGCAUUACUAUCUUCAUUUUGGUGGUUUUUGCUCUUUUGUUUAUUGGAUGGUACCUUAAGUCUCACAAGUCAAAGGAGGUGAAGAAUUGUCUUGGUAUGAAACGCUGCGGGAACAGAGAAGAUCUCUCUGCGGACCAGGACGUCUCAUCUGACCUCGUCACCUAAAACAUCACUCUGCUGUCUGUUUACUGCAUUUCAUGUGGAGAUUUGCGCCUUUCUGCUCUCACUGAAGAGGAAGCUUUCUCAAU